GUCCUAUUAUUGUUCGCCAUUAUUACUCAGAUUGAAUAUAUCGUAAGUUUUAAUAUAAUUUCAAAUUGUAAUUCGCGCCUUAGCGCCAAACUUUAACACCAGGCGUCGCGCACGUCAUAAAUAGCAGACGACAAAAGCACAUGUUGCUUUUGCCAGCAAGAAACACUAGAUUGGUGUGAACCGCGUACAUGAAAACAUGCCAUUGCGCAUUAAUUCUUAGUCUAUUUAUCUAAUUAUAUUUCACUUCCUUGUUCGAAGAUAUAACACGUAGUACCGCAACUUGUUGCCAGGUGACGCCACUUUUUAGAGACAGAUAGAAAAAAGGUUGCCCUUCUGUCUCGUCUGUCCCGUGCUUGUUGUUUUCUUCAUUCGUUUCUUGGCGCUGGUUGACGACGCUUUAAAAAUGAGUGCUUUAGAACAAAAGAGAGGAGAAUUGCAGAUUCUAGAACAUUGCAUGAACAAGGUGUAUGCAGAAAUCGACACACUAGAGAAGGAAGAAGCAGAGUCACACACAAUAUCGGAAGAUUCUCCUGGGCCAGAGGAAGAAAAGAUGGCGGAUGAUGAGGAAAUUUCGGAACACGAGGAAAAAACUUUCGAACUGGAGGAAGAAAUUCUUGACCACGAGGCGGAAACCGUUAGAUUUCUUGGCACAGAUCCAGCUGGGUUGACUAACCAGGAAUUAAAAUUAAACGAAGAUAUCGCUUUGAGGAUUAAAUCCUGGAUCAAUAAAGGGUUAAGAGAGAAAGAUGAAAAAAAAACUGUAAAAAAAUUGUAUUCACGGUUGACGCGUUUUGACUUAGCUGCUUAAGCCGUGCGAAUUGUUGCACUAUAUAAGUGCGGAUCUAAUGCCAAGACGUUCGACUCCAAAUCCAUUUGUUGCAUGGGAAAAUUUAAAAACUGAAUUUAUUAACCUACAUACUGUGGCGAUGACGUUUUUACCAAUAAUGGCUAC